AAUAAAUCUCUAUGCUUCUCUCUUUGCAAUUACUCUUUGAAAGCAUCUGUCUUUAGAAUAUUGAGUAUUGCUGACUUGAGCAUCGGAGUGUUUUCCCCGAGGAAACAUCCUCGGGAUUUUCAGGUGUAGAAGUAGCUAAGGACUUCAACAGUGUUGGACUAUGAAGCUGUCCAAACAUUUGGCGCCGUCUGUGGGAAACUGAACAGGAAGUUGUGUAGCUUAACCUGUUGAAAGGCAAAAUGGUUCGUACUUUUAAUGGAAGUCGCCCUCCAAGAAAUGAAAUGGACGAACAGGAGGACACUCAGCUGUCUAAGCUCGGCUUGAAUGAUUUUAGGCCAAUGCCAAGAAACCUUUUCGUUGGAGGAGCAGAACAGGGUCAACUUAGUGAAACAGAUGAUGAUGAAAGAACACCAACUGGGUAUGCAACUCAGCCAAAACAGUUCCAAAUUCCAACAAGGACAAGGCAAAGACAUCCCAGACCAUACAAUUCACAACAUGAACGACCUGAAAGGUCAACUGAACCUGCUCAGACAACCGAGCUUGAAGAGAGAACCAGAGUUCUCAAAAUGGCAAUGGGUAAAAUCCUUGUCCGCUUGAUCCCCAAUGACCCCCUGAUUCCUUUGUUGAACAGGGAUGCACAGCCAACAGCUGUUGUUGAAACUCGAAACUCCCCUGCCCUGAGUAAUAUAGUAGUGCCGACCAAACCAAGAAGAAGUGGGAAACUAAAUAACGAGCCCAGCUCGUCCAAGUAUAGUGAAGAACUGAUGAGAAAGAACGCAAACCUUGAAAGACAACUGCAGGAUCAUGGUCUGAAAUGUGGCCGGUUCCUAGAUGACCUGCUAGAAAACCCACCAAAGACGUGGAACGAAGUUAAUGACAGGUCGGCUAGCUUCAUAUUGUUAGAAGACUUCCAGUCGUCCAAGCGACGAGUUGAUGACAAACAGAGCAAAAGCAAUGAACAGCUACCAAGAAGAGAGGAAAAGAAAAAGCAAAAAGUCAAUGAGCAAUGGGGGAAGCUAGUUGAAUUCCUGAAAUAUGCUAACUACAUCCCUCUGACCUUGCCAAGAAGAUUGCCAGCACUUAAAGGACGAGCUGGAGUUCUUAGGGGUAUGACCGACCUCAAGGGCAGAGGUACCAGCUCAGCAAUGCACAGGACGUCUAUCAUGAUAAUCAAUAUCCUUCUGAGCAAGGCAGAGCGAACAGGGGCCGCCAGUUCAAUAGGCACAAUAAACAUGAUCUCAAGUGGUAUGCAUUCCAGAGGCCAAAGCGCUCGAGGCCGUAAGGCGUAUACUCGGCAGGUGAUGACCGUUGACAAGAACAGACCUUUGAAGCAGCCAUUCGAGGAGGCGGAGUGGGAGAAUGCGCCCAUCACUUUCAGCCCGGCAGAUUAUAAACAAGCAAACGGAGAGCCCGACGUUAUGAUGCCUCAUGCAGAUCCUUUCGUGGCAACGGUCCAUAUAGGCAAUCAUAAUGUCAACAAGGUCUUCAUUGAUACUGGGCCCAUGUCACGCCCCAAAACCCAAAUCCGGAGACGUGGCAGACGCCGUGCACUCGUGAGACGGGUCCCACAAAUGCACAAGGCUCGGAACUUAUCCAAUUCACACUCUGAUACCAUCAAAAUCUGAAGAUCAAAUCUUUAAAAUUUGCUCUAAUAUCAUAAAAUCUCCAAAUACACUCUAACUUACAAGAUCACGAUUUAUUUCUAAAAUCUAUGUCAAUCUCGAAAUGGCUAGCCUUCUAACUCGUCACUUCCCGUGGUUUCCCCGUCCUCGGUUUCACUUCCUGAAAUGGUGGACAAGGAAAAACUAUGAGAUAAACUCAGUAAGUAAAU